UCACUUGCUUUCUAGAGGAUGAAAAUCUACACCAUAUUGAAGUGUGAAAUCUAGAAUGUUUAUUCCUUGACCAUGUAAUCAAAGUUAAUGAACGGACUAUGUAAUAGUUUCUUACACUACACAUGCUUAUCAUUUAAUAGUAGUGGUUUUGGUGAGUUGGAGGCACCAAUGACAAGGAUAAAUUUAGUUAUCAACUUGUGUGGUUGGUUUUUGACUUUUGAGAAACAAGGCAGAGAGACACAUUAGAAAAAUUCAGAAACAUCCACGAAAGAUCUAGGCUAUGCCUACAUUGACCUGUAUUAACAGAAUCACUCCCCUCCUGAGUUCACAUCUCAGUUUUCAAAAUAUUACUUUUGCCUUAGUUCCAAAACUGCAAACUAGAGCCUUCAAUACGAGUUGUAAACUACUAAAUUGCUUGACCUGCUGGAUCUUGUAUGACUAAACAGGAGUUGUUAAAAUUAAUAGUUAAAAGAUUUUUCUUAUAUAUUUUAUACAUACACGAAGCAUUGACUGCUUUCAUCACCUACCUACGUGUGGUUUGUCUACUCUUCUUCAGAAUCCAAUUCAAAUCCUUGUAACGAAAAUGGUUAGACAUUUAUUUCACCACCAAUAAAGUAUAUUCAUCUCUAUCUAAUUGCUUACGAGGAAGAAGAUAAGAAGAGCAGGAAUUUUAUGACUUAUUGCAACCAAGUGGAGUGAGCAUAUAAAGAAGAGAAAGAACUAGAAAGAAGGCACGUGACAAUUUUUUUAUUUGAUCUUAGGAGAUAGAUAUACCUUAAAGAAGGUAGGUGACAAUCUCUUUUUUUUAUUUGAUCUUAGGAGAUAGAUAUACCUCAAAGAAGGUAGGUGACAAUCUCUUAGAAUCUCUAUAUAAAGCUUUAAUUCUCUCAACUUAUCAAAACAAAAGCUUUUAUUCUCUCAGUCAUAUUAGUAAAACCAGUCCAUUUUCAUAAACAUGGCAAAACUUGGCCUUUGCUUGCUAUUACUCUUCUUCUUCUUCCAUAUUAUGGUUAGCAUGGUAGAGCCUACCAUUGCCACAAAUUCCAGUGCCACAAAUUCUAGCACCACAAACUUCAUAAAAGCCUCAUGCAAAGUCACUAGCUACUUUGCGUUAUGUGUUCACUCUCUCUCGAGUUAUGCCAGUACAAUUCAACAGAGCGAUCAACAAUUAACUCAAGCUUCCUUGUCAGUGAGCCUGGCCAGGGCUCGAUUGGCUGCCGUGUAUGUGUCCAAGAUGACUAAAACUUCAGGUAUCAAGCCUAGGGAGUACCAAGCUGUUAAAGAUUGCAUCGCUAACAUAGGCGAUGCCAUAUACGAGCUCAAUAAUUCGGUUCAGGAGCUAGGGCACAUGGGUAAAGCUGGGGCACAGGACUUUGAAUGGCACAUGAGCAAUGUGCAGACGUGGGUCAGUACCGCGCUUACCAAAGAGAACACUUGUCUUGAUGGAUUUGCUGUCCAAGGCAUGGAUGGAAAUGUUAAGACUGCUAUUAAGAAUAGGGUCACCAUUGUUGCACAACUCACUAGUAAUGCAGUUGCACUGGCUAGCCGCUAUGCAGCAAGACACCGAGCUUGUUCAACCACUAACGUUCCUUGAUUAGAUCUUGUCUUAAAGUGUCUUGUGAUGCUAGUCUGUAGGUAAAUGUUAAUUGAUAGACCUCAAAGAUGUUUGUAAUAGGCACUAGGUUUCCAUUUUCUUUUUCAUGUUUUUGAUUUGGCGUCUAGUUCCUGUUCGCGUUGCAUAGCAUCUGCUUUAUGCUUGAAUGGUCUUUUUGAGGGCACAAAAUGCUUGUUUAUGUAUAAAUGUUACUUAACUGCUCUAAGUUUGAUUAGUUCUUUGUACUAUGUUUUUGUUUGUUACAUGGUAUUAGGC